AUGGCGGCCAAAAUGGCGAACACGGGUGCUACCAAUUCUUCAAAUCCUGUCGUGUUUUUCGAUAUAACCAUUGGUGGACAGGUAAUUUAAUACUCCAAUUCAUGUCAAUUUUGUCCUCAUCCCUAGCUACGCUAUUUCAUUGCAAUUAAUGACAGGUUGACUUGAAUUUAGGGUUAAAGAUUUAGUGGCCUACUUAAACUUAGCUCAAGCUCAUGAACUAAAAGAGGUCGGCAGAAUUAAUUUAAGCAUAGUUGAUUGUUCCGACUUUACGUUUUUUAAUCCUGUACUUAUAGGAAGUAGGCAGGAUGAAGAUGGAGCUUUUUGCAGAUGUUGUGCCAAAAACAGCUGAAAAUAUGAGGUGAGCAAGUUACAUACGUGUUAGUUUUUAUCACCAGAAAAAUUCAAUUCAUGUGGACAAAUUGGUCGUGUUUGAUGCACAAAAUAAAUAUUGAGGGACCCAUUGCAGUAUAUUAGAGUAAGAAAAAACUUGUACAAACUCCCUGCUAUUAAAACACACUGUAUUUGCAUAAAGUUGAGGUAUACUGCCUUGAGCUUUCAAUGGCACUCAUCCGGUGGAUAGUAAACGUUUCUGGCAGAACCAUUCCCUUAAAAAGAAAGAGGGGUUACCAUUAGGCUUUUCAGGAACAAACGGGGUUGCCAUUUUUUAUGCUCUCAUGAAUUUUAGCAAAACAAUAAUAACUGUCUUUGAGACAACUUUUAACUGAACAUAAAAGGAGAUGUUGUAGUUAAUUUUUUUUUUUUUAAUUUUAUCUCAGAUAAUUAUUUGUGUUUUUCAAAAGAAAAAGAAAAAUUACCUGAGAUAAAAAAUGAACUACAGCAUAGAUACACUGUACAAGCAAAUCAGUGGCAUUGUUUUGAAGUGUUUGUGGAGUAUUCUUCUUGCUGGCUGGUAUAUAUGUAAAGGUCAUAAAGAAUAAUUGAAGUACAAAUUAUUUAUACAUUUAAACAACAUGUAUUAAACUGAUUAACCAUUAAGAGCAAACGGUGGGUGAUUUACUUUUGUUAUGGUACUCGGUAUACAAGUUGCUUGAAGUACUUUUCUGGCUUUUUGAUGUCAUUAAUAUAUUAUUGAGGGAUAUGGAUUCUGAAGGGUCUUUAAAAUUGUACAAAAGUCUGUUAGCUGUGACUAUAAAUGGGGGUAAUUAAUGAUCCACAGUCCUAAAAGCUGUGUGUAUUUAAAUAUCCAUUUAUAAUAACUAUUUGUAGAAAUAAGAAGUUUAAUCCAUUGUAAUUAUUCAUUGCUUUGUUAUGAUUUCUCUAGGCAACUGUGCACUGGUGAAUACAGGUGAGAGUAAUUCACAAUGUUGUGGUCAUGACUUUAAAAUAGUUUUUAUUUAUUAUUUUUUUUUAAUCAACUUUGAAAUAACUUAUAAAAUUUUGGCUUGUUUUCUUCCCUGAAGGGUACAGAAACAAAAUAUUGUAGUGGGAGUGUCAAACAUUUUGCAGUGUCAAUGUUGUGUUUUCUUGUGCACGAAAAAUACUGCGUAUUACUUUUCUGUCUGACUACUGAAACUGGGUUCACUUUGACAAAGUUGACCUAUCAGAUUACAGGAAAUUAACAAUAUGUUGGACCAAGAAAGUUGGUUGGGAACGAAUCAGUAGCUCGUAACAAAAUAGGUUACUCAAAGCACAAAAUUUAGAUAUUAAUUGAUAGCAAACGUUUUUCAGGAAAGCAAAAUGUUUCACCAGACAAUGUUAUUCUAUUUUAAACUUGACAUUUACACAGUAACAUCUAAGGGACAUAUUUGUUUGGCACAAGCUGUUAUUUCGUCAUCUACAUGUACAAGCAUUUUCAUCACAACCAUUGGCAGCCGCGUUUUGCAAUAACCUGCAAAGUCCAAAUUAUAACUAAUUUUUACAGUUGUCAUCUCCAUCACUCACUUUAAGAAACAUGGGCUUUCUUCAGUGGGUUCAAGCAAUCAUUUCAAGACAUUAUAUGACAAAAUAUAAUACUGAGAUCCGCAAACGAUAAAUUUCAUUAUAUUUUUGCCUUUUGAUAAAAAACUACACUCUAGAUAAAUAAAGAAGAUUUAUCUUCGAUGUAUUUUUGCAUACUAGUACAUAAUUGUAUGAAUUCAUCGUUUUAGUCGACAUGUUGCUUGAUCUCUUGCAUUACCCCCGGAACCCCAUUCAUAAGACGAAUGCGCAGAAAAACAGAUUAGGUUGAACUUCUCUUAGGACGUGGAGCUUGGUAUGCCUGUGAAAACAAUUGCAUAGUGUGUAUUUUUUCUCCAUACCUUGAGUCUAAUUAUUUAUUAUAAAUUUGCAUUCAUGCAUGUACAUCUACAUGCACACUGUAUUACUAUUUUAUUUUACUGAUUUUCUUUAGAAAAGGUGGAGUACCCCAAGGAUAUAAAGGAGCAACCUUUCAUAGGUAUGUAGUGGUAUAAAAUGCCAUAGGCAUCCAUCUUUUAUUAGUAUAUAAUAUUGUACACACUCAGUGCAUGAUCAGUAUAGGGCAGAUGAAAUGACAACAAAGUCAAAUGUUCAGUAUAUGAAGCUAAAAAAAAGAUGGGUAAUGAAAGGGCAACAGCAACAAGGGAAAUUGGAAAUAUCAACAGCAGGGUGCAAAGAAAAUCAUUUUUACAGCUUGCCAUUCGGGCAAGCUGAAGCUAGCAUUUACUAGCCCAGACGUCAUUUCAACUAGCCCCAAAAACUUGUUGUUCUUCUGUUAUUCAAAUUCCUCAUAAAACAUCACUUGCCCGUCGGGCAAGUUGAAAACAGAAUUCACUAGCCCGAUACCAAAAUCCACUAGCCCCAGGCUAUCGGACAGUACUUUCUUUGCUACUGAACAGAGACAUGACUUCCAGCUCCCUGGUUAGCUCAAUUGGAUAAGCUCAGGUUUGCUGUGCAAGAGGCUGCUGGUUCAAACCCCAGCUGAACCAACACUCAGGUUCUUUAAAUAUAACUGAGGAGAAAGUGCAGCCUUUGUAAAUAAUAACAUUUGCAAAAGGUUAGACUCUCUGGUGCUCUCAGAUAACUGUCGAUAAACUGCCUGUCCCGUCUCACAACUGCAUCGCUGCAUAGUCAUGCAACUAUAGGAAAGCAGUCUGGCAAAAGUCCUAAACUGGUUUUGUUGUAAAUUGUCCCAGAACAGCCUUGAGGGGAGUGGAUAAUAAGAUAUUUACAAUUUAUUUCUAUAUAAUAUCUUUUAUCUUUGUUUAGAGUAAUUAAGGAUUUCAUGAUUCAAGGUGGAGAUUUUGUAAAGGUUAGUUUUAACCCUAAAUUAUGUAAGUAACUUCAAAGUACUAAAAGUUAAUUUAACCAAAUUGUAGUGCCUAAAAGAUACUUUACAAAAAACCUUUUCACUUGAUGGCUGCCACUAAGACUUCUAGUUGCUGGGUGUAUAUGCAAUUUUGUAUAAGGUUAACCCAUUCGCCCCUGAACCGCCCGUAACCACCCAUGCGGAUCCACGACCUUUCUACCCUUUGUGACGUCAUCAGUUUUAAUGGUCAAGGACAACUUUGUCCGCUAACUUGUGCAGAGUGAAGAGAUCUUUCAAACCAUACCAGAAUGAGCACAAUUCAGUCAAGGAAACCGGAGAAAGAGACAAAAACCCAUGUAACAUUGACCUGAAAAUCUCCAUGAGAAUCUUGUUCCAUUGCCCACCUACCUUUCCUUUCACCUAAUCCUUAGAUCCUAAGAGCUUUCCUAAAAAGUAUUCCCACCAAAAUGAAGCCUACUAAAUGCCCACCAAGAGAAAAAAAAAUGAGGCAAAAAAAGCGAAAAAAGAGGGGAGGAGAGAAAGCGAAAAGUAAAGUCAAGACUGCUGUGUCACUUUUAAACCCAAAAACUAUGUCGAAAUUUUGGUUUCUGCGCAUGCCUGAACUUCGCAAGCUGAUAUUUUGCAUCUGGAUCAGAAGGCCGUGAAGUGUACGACCUGUAAAGCGGUUUGUGGUAAGUUUUAGCUCUUUAUAGCACGACAGUGACCAGAAAACCACUCAACUAGCUUCAAAACGCGUUUUUCGGCAAAAUCUCCAGGAGCGAAUGGGUUAAAGUUCUUUUUUAUCCUUUUUUUUCCUUUUAUGUGAAAGUAGCCAGGUGUCAUGCUCAUAGAAGCUGGGGAAAAUCUGCUGCUCCCUGCCUUUGUGACAGCCCUGCAUUUUAUAGAUAGUGUCUUGUUUAAGCCAAAUUACUACAAAAAGCUGGUACUCUAUCAUUACAAUAGUUUUAUAUGGGGCAUUUUACAAAUACCAGUUAGAUUUAUACUGCUGAUUUAUAAUAUUUUUGUCUUAGGGUGAUGGCACAGGUGUUUCCAGCAUAUAUAAUGAUGUUGCCUUUCCUGAUGAAAACUUUAAACUAAAACAUGAUGUUCCAGGUCUUCUGUCUAUGGUAAGAAACAGAUAGAAUAACAGCAGGCUAGGCCUUUUGAUGGGUGUGGAAAAAUCGAAGAGGUUGGGUAUUAAGUGAAAGGUCAAGGUAUAGUUUAUUUAGUAUAAUUGUAGUAGAAAGGGUAGACCUACCAUGGGGCAAGUGAAUAAUAUUUUAAUUUUAGGGGAGAUUAAUGGCUAGUGUUUUGGCUCAAGAGCUUUGGUGGCUCAAUAUGCAUGGUGUUUUCAACCUAUGCUGAUUUAUUUUACAACCUUUAAUUAUUGUAAAUAAUUAUAGUCAUAUUUCCCAUGAUUAACCUCCAAAGAAUGCACAAUAAAGUGGUUGCUCAUGGGAGGCAAACCAGUGUGGGUCUUAUAUCAGCUGCCAUCAGUCGCCAUUAGGAAGAGAAUUCACUGCAUGUAAUGUCUAAGUUACGAUAACAAUCAGGGUUCAGAAUUGCCACUGAUACAGUCGCCAAGAUGCAACUAACAUUUUUUCCUUGGUGACUAAAAAUUCUUGUUUAGUGGCCACUUUGUCGACCAGAUUUCUCUAUGAUUUAGAUUUAAAUUAAAAGAGGAAAGUUAAAACAAACAUUUCAUUUUAUCCUUAUUUGCUUUUGUCAUAAAAAAAUGUGCCAAAUUGCAUAAAGAAAACCAGUUUACCUCCAAAUUUAUAUUUUCAAACAAUCAAAUCUGGUGGAUAACACCAUCUAUGAGCUGUGUCAUUUACAUUUAUUUAUACAAACUGGCAACUAAAAAUUGGCAUCUGGCAACUAUAUUUCUCCAGUUGGUCGCCAAAAGGUGACCUGAGGAUUUUUUAAAAAACUUCGAGCCCUGGAUGUACAGCUGUAAUAAUUAAGUGCACAGGUGUAGUUCCAUGCCAUCACUAAAAAGCAUUUGUAACACAAUCUGAGAAGUGCAGAGCAUACCGCAAACAUAGUUAUAAGAUCAUUGUCAGUGUCAAGCCAUAGUUUACAAGAGGUUAAAAACAAAGAUGAAGAAUAAAACAGCAUUAGUAUUGCCCCCAGAAAGUGGUCGUGGUCACUUGCAAAAAGAGGUGAUCAUUAAUGAGACUUUUUUAAUCAACUGUAACGUUUGGUGUGACUCAAAUUUUAAGAGCUAUCAACUUGUAGAAUUGGACCACCUGAUACUAUAUCAGAGGCCCAUAUUUUUCCCAUGUAUUUAUUUAAAGUAAAAACAAACAAACUGUUCCUUAAUGUUAAUUUUGUCUUUGGUGCCAACACAAAUGUUACAUAGUGCUUACCUUUUUCAGGCUAACAGUGGUCCAAAUUCUAAUGGCUGCCAGGUCAGUGCACCAAAAAAAAAUCACUUUCUUGAUGAAUUUUUUAUUCAGUAUAUAUUAUUUUUAGGACGUAUAUUAUUUUAAUUUGGUAAUUAUUUUUUAUUUUUUUGUUCCUUUGGUAAUUGGAAAAUGAAAUUAUCUUUCUCUGCCACCACUAUUUUUGUCUUGAUGUCUUGAGUUAAUAAUGUGAACUCUUUUCCAUGAUUUCAGUUUUUCGUAACCUGUGCAAAGUGUGAUUUUUUGGACGGAAAGCAUGUAGUGUUUGGUAAGCCCUACAAACUAAGGUAGCUUUGUUAUGCGGUGAAUUUGCCUUCCUGCUGCAGAGGCCUUCCUUUGCAGUUGUAUUAUUUGUCCUAAAUUUGAGCUCUAGCCAUGAUGUUGCUCCAAAAAGUCAAGGAGCAAUAAACCCUUGCAAUUAACCGUUGGAAUUCCUAGGAAUUCCCAGUCAUUCCAAGACAAGCAAAUGAAGAAGAAAUAAUUAUUAAAAAAACUUGAAUUUCUGGGAAUCUCUGGGAAUGGCUUAACAUGCACUGGUUGGGAAUUACUCUUGGAAUUCCCAGUAAUUCCAAGUCAUGCAAAUUAGGAAGAAAUUAAUAACUUGGAAUUUCUGGGAAUAUCUGGGAAUGGCUUAACAAACAACUGGGAAUUACUGAAAAUUCCUAAGAAUUCCAAGACAUUCAAAUUUCAAGAACAAUUUAAAGCUUGAAAUUUCUGAGAAUGGCUUAAUAUCAGUAACUAAAAAAUUCCUAGGACUAGUUCCAAAUAAUUCUUAACCCAGUAGAGAAUUGAGUCUUGAAUUUAGAAUAAGCAGUAAAAAAUAAAAUGAAAUUAAAAAAGGGAGAAAUUGUUAUAGCAAUACCAAAAGUCCACUGGACGUUAUUAAGAAAAAGACAAGCAUGGGAAUUUUUGAGGCAGAUUAAGCGCUGGUGACCAACUAGAGCCUUAGCACGUUGUCAUCACAUGUCAUCAUGUUCUACCCCUAGGGCAGCCUAGUUGACUAUAGGGAUUACAAUCAUUGGUAAAAUUUUAAGUUUCUCACCUUCUUUUUUAAGUUGUUUUUGUUUGUUUACUUGUUUCUUAUUUUCUUGAUUACAAAGCAUACAUAAUGGUUACAUUCCUUGUAGCCAAACUUUUUUCGGAUUUGGACAAUCCAGAUUGUUUGGAUUUUCGUGCUAGCUGGAACAAAAAUCUGAAAUAAGAUUGAUCCGCACUGCAGCAGCCUGCCGCUCCGAUCUUCUUCUCAAUUUCAACGCAUCGUCUUUCUGCUAAAAGCAUCUUGUCGUGGAGAAACGGAAAGAAAAUUAGCUCUUUAACUAGUGGUGGGUUAUACUAGAACUCGUCAACUUAAAAUUAUCUGGAAUUUGAUUCAAGAAAAUCCAGAAGACAAUUACGACUUCUCAAGAGCUGAGAAGCGGGUUCUAAACACAAACAGACAUUGGACAGUAUAGUUUUACCGUGAGAAAAUCUAAGCGUUUUCACUUCCUAACGGAUUUAGAGUGACAGUGGAACUUCAGUUAAAUAUACUACAAUCCUUUAGCGGCAUAGAACAACGGGGGAAUAUAAAUAACUUUUGCUUGAACUAACCUUGACCCGCCGUGUUCACUGAUGAACGAGCACGUUUUUGCGAUCGAGAAGAAGUUUCAUUAAAUGGAACAAAGAUCUGAAACCAGAUUGAAAUACCAAUCUGAACGAUCCACAUUCAGAGGUAGAUCGUUCGGAUUGCAAUGUUAGAUUGGUUUGGUCCUUAAUGGAACAAAAAAUCGAAUUUUCGAACGCAAAAUCAAGAUUUAGAUUGGCUAAAAGGAAUGCAGCCAAUAUUAAUAUCGGAUUUCAGAGGAGCAAUCUUUCUGAAGACUACUCUCUCGUUUUGCGCUCUCAGUCACCUUAACAUAGCCAUCUCUUGUCCCCGGCUUUCGCUCAAAGGACUAAGGAAAGAGAGGCGUCUGCUAGCUGACCAUUUUUAUAUUCUGAUAUUUGCUUUUUGUAAGGCAGGGUUUCACUGCCGUCGGAAUUGACUAGUCGUUAAAGCGUUUUUGAGCCAGUAAAAUAAAACAAUUCGUUAACUUCAAAGAAUCGAAAGCGCAAGAAUUUGAACAUUUCCCUUUUAUGUUUAUUUCAUUCUUUUCUUUAAUACUUCUCGUUUGACUGCCGAUUCCACUUAGAAAUCUGCCCAUUCGCAUGCAAGCUAAAGCACGGAAACUAAGCCAAUCACAAUUUUAUUUCUUUACAGGUAAAGUUAUCGAUGGUCUUUUAGUUAUGAGAAAAAUAGAGGUAUGUCAUGCCUAGGGACCUAGAGCUGUAUAAAUGCAAUACAAUAAUACUAAUCCUUUUGGGAUUGUCCAAAGUGCCUCGAUAACAAUAGGCCCAACUCUUGUUUUGACCUUUCCAAGUUUUCUCAAUUCUCUUGCCUGGUCUUGAUAUUUAUCAAUCUUCUCUUUCUCCUUCAGUUCCACCCUAACAUCCCCUGGUACAGCUACACCAAUAAUUUGGCAAACUGCUUGUUGUUUGUCUACUUUAACUAGAUCAGGUCUAUUGUGUUCAAGACAAGCUGAUGAUCAGUCUGUAUGCUAAAAUCCCAAAGUAUUUUGACUUUCUCGUGCUCUCGAACUUUUCUAGGGACCUGUUCAUACCACUUGUCUGCAACUUCCAAUCCGUACUUUCUGCACAAGCACCAAUGGACAUGCUACUUUUGCAACGCCAUCAUGUCUACCUUUAUAUUCUCUCUAAGCCAACGAUGAGCAUUCACAAACUAUGUGGCUUACGGAUUCUUCCGCACUCUUGCACAACCUGCAUUUUUAGGUGACAGCCCUGUUUGUCAAUCUUUGUCUUUAUUGCCUGGGCCGCUGUUAGCAAUCCUUCUGACUCCUUCUUUAAUUCCCCAUUCUUCAACUACGUGCACCUUCUUGUUCUUGUUCUUGUUUUCUUCUUGUUGUUGUUGUUAUUAUCAUUAUUGUGAAAGGUGUGAACCCAGGAGUCAUUUCAUUAUUGUUGUUGUUGUUUUUGUUUACUGUUUAGUGUCUAUAAUUGAAGUCUAUUUUUCUCCAUUUCUUUCUCACCUUAGAAUGUUCCAGUUGGACCUAACAACAGACCUUCAUUACCAGUUGUUAUAUCACAGUGCGGCGAGAUGUGA